UGCCACAUCUGCUACACACUGUCCGCUGGCCGGGCUGACCUCAUAUAAACCCUCUCCUGCUACACUCCGCUGCCCCGGCACUGCCGAUAAAAACCAGGCUCAUCCCCGCGGCAGAGAAUUCUUCCCAUCCCCGGCAACACAGCCGCCUGCUUCUCCGGUGACCUGCCAGUCAUGAAGGCUCUGUUCCUGCUUGUCAUUCUCCUGGCCGUCCAGCCAGUGGUAUCAGGUAGACAACACACCCUCCGAUGCAUGGGCAAUGCGGGAAUCUGUAGAGCAUCUUGCAGAAAGGCUGAACAUCCCUACCUCUAUUGUAGAAAUUAUAAAACAUGCUGCCUCCAACCCUACAUGAAGAUAAACCUUUUCAGCAAAGAGGACAAACGUGAAUGGAGCAAAGACACCCGCUGGCCAAAAAUAUCCUGAAUGCUGGUGAUCACCAUCCUCAGCCUGCUGUUAACACCCCUCAUUAAAAGUCAUGUACCUGAUACCCUUGUCUUUCCUCUAUUGCACAUCACGGUGAGAUUGGGUUUUGCAUGACGAAAUAUCUGCCUCCCCACCUUUUCUGGAUCCAGUCUUGUGACAGAGAAGGCAAAACACCAGGGACAAGAAACGAAGAAAGCUAGAUAACUCAGUGAAGAUAGGGAGAGAAUGUACUCGAAUUCAUUGAGGGAAGGUGGAGGGUUUAGGCAGAACUAUGACCUUAUCCGUGCUGUGUAGAUUUCAGAGGGAGACCAGAACUAGUGAAAUAUAUCCAUAGGACAGUGGGUGAAGGUCUUGUAGACAAAUCUGUCUUAGCCCAUGGAAG